AUGGACACUAAUGAGGACAUUGCUGAAAGCCUGGUACACUAUUAUCAGGACCUGCUUCAGUCAAAUAAUCAACCCUUCUGUCCCGUGGCUACAAAUUCCAUUCAGAAAGUUAUUACCAAGGGUAUGAAUUCCAUGCUCUCAUCCGAAUUCACUCUCUUGGAGAGUGCUUUCACAAAGAGUCGACUUAUUUCUGACAACAUUUUGGUAGCUUUUGAAUCUUUACAUAGUAUGCAGAGACACACAAGGAAGGACAGCUAUAUGGCUAUUAAGCUAGACAUGAGCAAAGCUUAUGACAGAGUGGAGUGGGAUUACCUAUCUUCAGUCAUGGAAAAAAUGGGGUUCAAUGAACAUUGGAUCCGCCUUAUGAUGUUAUGUGUCAAAACUGUGACAUACUCCAUACUGGUAAAUGGGGAAUUCAAAGGCAUGAUCACUUUAACAAGAGGCAUUAGACAAGGAGACCCUCUCUCGCCGUUCCUAUUCUUACUUUGCACUAAGGGUCUCAAUGGGCUAAUCAACCAAGCCUCUCAACAUGGCCACAUAAAGGGCUACGCGCUUUGUAGAAAUAGUCCAAAACUAACCCAUCUUUUGUUUGCAGAUGAUAGCUUGUUGUUUUGUAGGGCUACCAUAGAGGAGUGCCAAAGAGUCCUGUAUAUUUUGGAAGUUUAUGGGAGAUGUUCAAGACAACAGAUUAACCGAAGUAAGACAACAAUCUUCUUUAGUAAAUCUACUUGUGAUGACAUCCGAAAUCAGAUAAAGCUGGCACUGGGGGUUCUAGAAAUUGUUCAGUAUGAGAAAUACUUGGGACUACCAUCUCUGAAAGGUGAAAGGAGGAAAGUGCAUUGGGUGAAAUGGGAAACACUUUGCCUCCCAAAAAAGGAAGGUGGUAUGGGCUUUAAGGAUCUAGCCAACUUCAACGAUGCUCUCUUGGCUAAACAAGCUUGGAGAUUACUUCAUAAUAAGAACUCCCUAUUCUAUAGAGUCUUUAAAACGAAGUUUUUUCCAAAUUGCAACAUCUGGGAGGCACAGGAAUCUAGCACCGGUUCGCAUGCUUGGCAUAGCAUUUUAAAGGGAAGAGAUGUCAUUUUCAAGGGUGCAAGAUGGAGGAUUGGCUGUGGAGAAGCCAUGAGCAUAUGGAACAAUGCAUGGUUACCAUCCUUAGAGCACCCACAAGUCUUAUCUAAUACUGUUCCAAGCUUUGAAGAUGGGAGAGUAUCUGAUCUCAUCAAUCCACUCACACGAACAUGGGAUCUCAAUUUAGUGCAUGGCUUAUUGUCACCAGAUGAAGCUGAUUUAGUUCUCAACAUCCCAUUGAGUCGCACACCUAUGGAGGACAAGAUCAUUUGGCCCUUCACCCCCCCUCAGGUCCUCCAACACGCAAAUCAAUCCCUGGCGGCCUUCCAACAAAGCCAACGGUCCUCUUGUCAGCUUCCUACAUCUCCACGUCGUCCCCUUCAUGCACAGUGGAGUCCGCCCCAUAUGAACUGCUUCAAACUGAAUUUCGAUGGGGCAUCUUUUCUGGAGUUGGGUAAGGCUGGACUGGGAGUGGCCGUCCGUGAUAGCCAAGGGAACGUGAUUGCUUCACUGUCGAAACAAGCACCGCUACCGUUCUCCUCAGAUAUCGUGGAAGCCAUGGCAGCUGCAAGGGCUUUGGUUUUUGCUCAAGAACUGGGUAUAGCUGAAUUCAUUCUUGAAGGAGAUUCAGAAGUGGUGAUUCGCAGCAGCGAAGCCUCUUUCUCUUCGUUUGGACACCUACUGGAAUCAGCUAAAUCAAUGCUUGUGUCAAGUACUUGCAUAAAUUUCUCCCAUGUACGUAGAAGUGGUAAUAAAAUAGCCCAUAACCUAGCUAGACAUGCAAGAAAUGUCAGAGGUUUGUCAGUGUGGGUGGAGGAUGUUCCACCACACUUAAUCGAUGUACUCUUCGCCGAUCCUGGCUGA